CGAGGCGGCUGCGCAGGCGCAGUCUUUUCGGAUUGUAGCUGCGGCGGCCCGGGUCGGGCGGGUAAAUAACCAAUGCGGGUGAAAGAGCCAUCCAGUGCUUUACCUGAGAAAGCCAAAAGAAGUAAAAGGCCUACUAUACCUCAUGAUGAAGACUCUUCAGAUGACGUUGCUGGAAGUUUAACCUGCCAACAUGUGAGUCAUGCUGUCAGUGUGAAUCAUGUGAAGACAGCAGUAGCUGAGAACCCGUGGUCAGUUUGUUCAGAGUGUUUAAAAGAGAGAAGAUUCCAUGAUGGACACCCAGUGCUUCCUUCUGAUAUUUGGUUGUGCCUCAAAUGUGGUUUUCAGGGAUGUGGUAAAAACUCAGAGAGCCAGCAUUCACUGAAGCACUUCAAGAGUUCAAGAACAGAGCCCCAUUGUAUUAUAAUUAGUCUGAGCACUUGGAUUAUAUGGUGUUAUGAAUGUGAUCAAAAAUUAUCAACGCAUUGUAAUAAGAAGGCUUUGGCUCAGAUAGUUGAUUUUCUCCAGAAACAUGUUUCUAAAACACAAACAAGUACUUUUUCUAGAAGCAUAAAACUUUGUGAAGAAAAAUGUGAAACAGGUGAAAUAAUUCAGGGAGGAGAAGACAGCAGAGUAACAUCUGUGAAAGGAAUUACUAAUUUAGGAAAUACUUGCUUUUUUAAUGCAGUCAUGCAGAACUUGGCACAGACUUACAUUCUUACUGAUCUGAUGAAUGAGAUCAAAGAAAAUGGUACAAAAUUAAAAAUCUUUCCUUCUUCGGACUCUCAGCUGGCUCCAUUAAUGGUGGAACUUUCAAGCCCUGGACCACUGACCUCAGCCUUGUUCCUGUUUCUUCACAGCAUGAAGGAGACUGAAAGAGGACCACUUUCUCCUAAAGUUCUUUUUAAUCAGCUUUGUCAUAAGGCCCCUCGAUUUAAAGGUUUCCAACAGCAGGAUAGUCAGGAGCUUCUUCAUUAUCUGCUGGAUGCAGUGAGGAUAGAAGAAACAAAGAGAAUACAAGCCAGCAUCCUAAAAGCAUUUAACAAUCCAACUACCAAAACUGCUGAUGAUGAAACGAGAAAAAAAGUCAGAGCAUAUGGAAAAGAAGGUGUGAAAAUGAACUUUAUAGAUCGGAUAUUUAUUGGUGAAUUAACUAGCACGGUCAUGUGUGAAGAAUGUGCAAAUGUCUCCAUGAUGAAAGAUCCUUUCAUUGAUAUUUCACUUCCUAUAAUAGAAGAAAGGGUUUCAAAACCUGUACUCUUGGGAAGAAUGAGUAAAUAUAGAAGUUCACAGGAAACCGAUCAUGGUCAGUACAGUGGCACUGUUACUAUAGAAAAUACUCAUCAUCAACCCAAAGCCACCAAGAAGCACCCUUCACCUAAAGAUAAGAACCAAGUACUUCAUGACAGAAAACAUAUAAGAAAAUUGUCAUCUGGAGAAGAGAAAAAUGUUGUCAUGUAUCCAAAAAAUGAAAACCUUGGAAUGAAUGGGGAUUCUUCAGUGUCUUUAGCAAGCAUCACGAAUACUGAGUCAACUCUGAAUGAAAGCCCUACUGAUGGCAGUGAAAAAGAAGCCAGCCAUUCUGAAAGCAGUGUUGAUGCUGACAGUGAGGCCUCAGAAUCUGAAGGGGCUUCAAAGCAGACUGUGUUGUUUAGACCUGGUAACGUGUCCUGUGUGCACAGAGAUGGACCCACUCACCACCUAUCAGCCAGUGAAUUGCCAUACACCAAGGAGACUGACAGUGGUCAUGAGGGAAUGGCUGAUGCUAUUUCUGAACUUCGUUUGAGCAACACUGUAUCUGGAGAUAGAGAUCUUGACAAAGAAAAUCAGCCACUAAAUAUCCCACAUAAUUUGUGUUUUUCAGAGAAGCAUAUGAUAUCUCACAGCCCCCAAAAUGCUUUUCAGACCCUCUCUCAGAGCUAUGUAACUACUUCUAAAGAAUGUUCGAUUCAGUCCUGUCUCUACCAGUUUACAUCUAUGGAAUUACUAAUGGGGAAUAACAAACUUCUAUGUGAGAAUUGUACUGAAAAGAAACAAAAAUACCAAAAGGAAACCAGUUCUGCAGAAAAGAAAGCAGAAGGGGUUUAUACUAAUGCCAGGAAACAAUUGCUCAUUUCUGCUGUUCCAGCUAUCCUAAUUCUCCAUCUCAAAAGAUUCCAGCAGGCUGGCUGGAGUCUUCGCAAAGUGAACAGACAUGUAGAUUUUCCACUCAUGCUUGAUUUAGCACCAUUCUGUUCUGCUACUUGUAAGAAUGUAAGUGUGGGAGAUAAAGUUCUGUAUGGUCUCUAUGGAGUAGUGGAACAUAGCGGCUCGAUGAAAGGAGGCCACUACACCGCUUAUGUGAAAGUGAGAACACCCUCUAAGAUCUUACCGGAACAUAUCACUGGAAAGAAAAAUGUACCUGGUUUGAAAGAAUCUGAGAGUGAAUCGACAGGUCAGUGGGUCCAUGUUAGUGAUACUUAUGUGCAGGUGGUUCCAGAAUCAAGAGCACUUAGUGCACAAGCUUACCUUCUUUUUUAUGAAAGAAUAUUAUAAUUUAUAAUUAAUGAUAAUGGUUAUUUAGAUCACUUUUAUUUAAAUGCUGCAGUGAUAACUAUAAUAUGUGAUGUGCCUUUGUAGUUGUCUCUCUUCUGUAGGAAUAGCAUGUCUCCCAAAUGUUCCCAAACCUUUUCACCAUUUUGGUGAACCCUUUUGAAGUAAGUUAAAUUUAUUCAGUACUUUCAGUUUUAUAUUAUUAAAUAUAAAAACAUGCUUUUUCCAAAAUAUGUGUCCUGGAAUAAAAUCAGAGUUUACAGGAAACCCCCUUACGGCUCAUUGUUAUAAGGAUUUAUAAAUGAUACUGGCCAAAUCAAAUCAUCCCUUAAAGCAGUGUUUCCAAAAUAUAAGUCAUAUACCACCUUCCUGAUUUCACAGCUGUGUGUGUAUUAUACAUAUAAUUAUGUUAAUUGUAUUUAUAUAUAGAUGUGUGUGUAUAAAUAGUCUUUGCUAUUGUUUUCUUAUUUUUUGUGGUAAAAAUAUAUAUAAUGAAACAUUUAUGUAUUUUUUUAACCUCAUUUUUUUAGCCUCACUUUUUUUUUUAACCAUAGCCUUCCUUGUUUUGAGCAAUAAUAUUCCAUAUUUGAUGUGUUGGUUGUAUUUUUUCUAAUGAACAUUAAAAUAAAUGCAUAACUACUAAAGAAAAAUUGUUCAUUCAUAUAUCACUUAAAAUCAUCUCAGGGAUAUCCAGGGGUAUAUGUACUGUUCUUUGGGAAGCAUUGCCAUAACACGUAAGUCAUGAAGUAAUGCCUGAUGUGACAUGGUUAUCUGUCAUACGUUGUACUAUUCAGCCAUAUAAAAAAGCACCACUGUAAUUUCAGUAUUACAGGUUUACAGUCAAUAUAUGGAUUAGCUUAUUGCUUAUUGAUACCUAAGCAUUUUGCUUAUUGAGAAUCAGAAAAAUAUUGAAAUAUUUUAUCAACAUCUCACUUGCAAUUAGCCUAUUCAUAGUAGAGUUAACAGUAAUUUGCAAGUGGUGAGCCAAGUCAAAGUAUAAUUAUAGAUAAUUGUAACAUGCAGAAUUGAUAAAUAGAAGUUGCUUAUCCAUAUGGGAUCAUAUAGUACCUUUGAAAUAUAAUCACCAAAUUAUAUUUGUAAAUGAUAAGAGAAUUGUAUUCUUAUUGUACUUUAAAAGGGAAGUAUUAUACAUUUUCUAGUUCUGUAUUUCGGUAAAUAUCAAACAUGAUUUUGAGAUCACUUUUUGUCCUCAAAAAGCAUCAUUAGAAAGUUUAAGUGUAUGUAGCUUUUAUUUAAAUGGGCACAAUGUUAGUAUUUCUGAUUUUCUUAUUAAAUAUUAAAUAGUAAUCAAAAUACUAUAGUUUCCUCCUAGAAUACAAAUGACUAGGCUGUCAAAUUUUAGGAAGAAAGGUGUUAGAAUUAAUUAGGCUUAAAUUAAAAAAAAAAAAAAGGCUACUUCAGCGUCACAUUAAACCCAUUGCC